AUGAAGGUUGGAAUCAGGAAUAAAGUGACUAUUAUAAUAACCUGUUCAGACACCAAAACUGGCAAGAGAGGAAGAAGUGACAAUAUUAUAUUUGGUUAUGAUAGAGGCGGAAAAUACAAAGAAGGAGAUAGUGAAACACAAAGUGCUACCAAGAAAUGUGGUUGUCCAUUCAAAAUUAGGUCAACAUCGUCAAAAGAUGGUUUUGGUUGGAAGAUUGAUGUAAAAUAUGGACUUCACAACCAUGGUUUAUCGAGUAGAUUUGAAGAUCAUUCGUUUGUAGGCCGACUUAAUGCUGAUGAUCAACAACAUAUUAUUGAUUUGACAAAACAUCAUGUUCCACCAAGACACGUGUUCUUAUCAUUGCAAGAACGAGAUUCGAAGAAUGUGACUCAGAUCACCCAAAUAUAUAAACGUAAGAGUAAGAUGCAGAAAGACAAGGGAUCCUAG